AAUGUUCUAGUAAAUUUAUUUUUGUGUGUUCCUUAUCACGUAGUCUAUCGCUGCUCAUAAAACUAAUAAGCGACAUACAAGUUACCUAAGGCAUCCUGUUACGUGUAAUUACAUUACGUAAAGUUAUAUAAAACCGCUAAUGAAAUGUGGUUCGCAUUUUAAAAUAAAAUGUGUAAUUUCAGCAAAUCUUAACAAGCAACACAAAGCUGCCUCCUUACAGAUGCACACGAUCACAUGGACAGCUCAGACACAAACACACAAAUGGUAGAUGCAUAUUACUGAAGAAAAAAAAGGUUACCCACCCAGCCUAAUAAUACAGCACACAGCUAACACCUUAUGCAGCCAAUAGACUGUGCACAUCUAAAUAUCUGAUCAUAUCUAAAUAGCUGAUCUUAUUGUUGACCUACUCGUAUUGAUGCAUGUAUAUAUAUAUUUAUAUACUUAUGAAAUUUCUGUAUAAUCUUAGGUUGCAGCGAAGGCAGUAUAACUACCCCGGCCUAUUAAGUGUUUGAAAUUAUUUAUCAAUUAAGUUAGUGUGGUGGGUUUGGAACCGCUGAAUCGUUUAAAUACCCUCUGCUAGCUUGUAAAGUUCAUAUAAAAGAAUUGCGAGAUGUGUAAUAAUCUUCCCACAGUUUGGCUCCGAGUAUUUAUAGAGGGAAUCUGUUAAAGUUGUUCAUUUGAGGUGUGCGAGGGCAUAUUAUUUGAAAUAUAGGUUACGUUCUUGAAAAAAAACUUAUAGAAUAUCAUCCUAUUUUACUGAGCCAACGGUUUCAACCUGCUGACCCUGUUACAGUAAAUACGAGUGUUAGUGAAGCGCUGAGCAUCAGUCUUUCUCUAAAACAAGCCUGUAAAAGUGGAUCAUCAAAGCUUUAUAUGACACUGAAUUCAAUCGUAAUUUUUCCAUGAAAACAAAAUGUCAUCAGCACCCUCACCGUUCCCAAAAAUCAACAGUUUUCGUAUGAAAAAAGUUUUAAAAUAAAUUUGUUAGGUUAUAAAGAUAUUAAACGAGGCUAGGAAUGGUACUAUAUUUUUUACUCGAGAGAACGAAGGGAGAACCCGUUUGGAACCUGCAGAUAUAGGAAAGUGAAAAACAAGAGUCUACAUUUUAAUACGGAAUUUUAUAGUAUUUUUAAAAAGCAUAUAAAGACCCGUAACACAGAAGUUAAUGUUUUGUUUUGUCUAAAAUAGACCAAGUGGGUGGUACCUUCUGGAGUUCGAGUAAGCUCCGCCACGUGACGUGGAGAUGACCAAUCAGGUGCAUCUCCAGGUUUAACUACGUUAAAUGUCAGAUUGCAAUAAACUAGAAGCUGUUGGUCAGGCCCGCGGAAAUGGGCGAGCAUAAUCUCCUUAAUCCUGGGUUUGUGGGACCUUUGGUAAACAUCCACACUGGAGAUACGUUUUACUUCCCGAAUUUUAGAGCCUCAGGGGGACAACUGGCGGGGCUACCGUCUCUCUCGUACCCAAGAAGGGACAAUGUGUGCUCCCUCCCGUGGAAUCCAUCGGAGUCGUGCAAUGGAUAUCCUCAGUCCUACUUUGGUAGCCCUCUGUCCAUUAAUCCCUCUUUCAACCGAUCUUGUGCUGAAACAGCCCGACCGGACGAGAAAUGUUAUUAUGGCGGCAGCGGCGGCAACAGAGAGGCUUGCUCGGACGGCACAGUCAGCCUAAAACGAGAAGAGAGAACAUCAGUAUCAUCAGAUCACGGGGUGCACAAUGGGAUGGGCAACAGUAGUACCUACACCAAGUAUGACUAUGGCACCGAACAUCUGACCCCAAACCCGCCGUCCUGUCAGUCUCUCGAAUCCGAUUCCAGCUCCUCAGUGCUCAACGAUGGAGGAAAAAGCUCGGCAAGCGAUACACAGACCCUGAUAUCGCCCUCAAAUCACACGAGCAAUAUCUCAACAGGAGGAGGUGCCCCUUGGUAUCCGAUGCACACCCGGACUCGCAAGAAACGAAAGCCCUAUUCUAAACUGCAGCUGGCUGAGCUGGAGGGCGAGUUCAUGCUAAACGAAUUCAUCACUCGGCAACGGCGGAGGGAGUUGUCAGACCGGCUGAACCUUAGUGACCAACAGGUUAAGAUCUGGUUUCAGAAUCGGAGAAUGAAGAAGAAGAGACUGUUGCUGAGGGAACAGGCCUUAACCUUCUUUUAAGCAGUCGUUUAUUAGUAGCACCACACCAAUCAUCCACUGUGGGUAAUAUUAAAACAGCUCAGUAUUAUUCUCAAUAGUCUUUAUUUUUUUGGUUUAAUAUUUAUGCAUUUUUGCGUAAUAGCAAAUUCAUAAGAAAGCAGAAAUUAUUUCAGGGAAGGCGACCAAAUGUUAACAGGAAAAAAAGCUCUGUUGAUAUUACACUUUGUUUUUGUAAUAUAUGUAUUAAAGUGGUUCAGAAAAUGUAUGUUAACAUGCGUUAUUUGAAAGAGACCUGGCCACUUUUGCUCUCCACUUCGAAUUGCAAUAUAUUGCAAGUUAUAUAGGAUAUUUACUCAAAGUUAAGCUGUGAGAUAUUCAAUCAAAGCGAAAGUAUAUGCCUGUAUUUAACUGGCAAUUAAACAUGCUUUGUGAGAUGUACUGUCAAUAGUAUCAGCUAUUUAUUACUUCGUAAAAUUACAAAAAUUCUGCAGUAUCUACUUGCGCAUUGUUCAGAAGUAAUUUUACUCCAUACUCCAUGGAAACAAAUAAUUAGCGAGGCCCUAAAUGAAGAGCGCUAACGGUUGCUGCCCUUAAUAGCCACCGCACUGCAAAAAAAAAAAACUUAAUAUUUUCACGAACCUUACUACUUCAGUGGGCAUAAUCCUUAAUGCUGAUCUCUGCAACCAGGAAGGGGAAGAAGCCUAAAAACAGUGUGGAGCGGAAAAUCAUGAAAACCAUAUCUCGCGCCACGUGUUCUCAGGCACGUUCACGGUCAUGGGCACAAAGUCAGUCAACUAGCUGAGCUUCAGCAGGUCUGAGAGACUUCAAAACCAUACCGCAGCUGGAAUAAAUUCUGCCAGGUGAUCGAUGCCAUGUUGUCUCUCUCAACUUCAUUGCUUUUAGGCACGACCUGAAGUCAGACUUGGUAAAGACUGGUAUUAAGACUGAUAUAACUGUGCUGGUAUAAGUCUGGUAUUACUAUGUUGGUAUGUCUGUGUAUUUUGUAACACCGUGUUGUUACUUCUACAUUACUCCUAUUGAUAAGUUUAUUUAUAAUCCUUAUAAUAAAGGUCGUGCCACAGACUUGGCACGGAGAAUAAUUUCUUUCAUAAUUGCAUGUCCCUUGAUCCAAGUUUAGAAAUAAGUAGGCCAACUUAAUUAAGUCUCUAAAAUGCUUUUGGGAGGGAAGUGCAUGAUUCAUUGUCAGUUACUAUAGUCUACCUUGGUGAAGGGUAAAAGAUAAAGUAUCUGAUCAGUCUUAAGAACACAUCACACGAUGCUAAAAACAUAUUCCCAAUUCCCUAUAAGCGAAGGCAUCCUUUUAUUAGAAGAUAUUGCUUCAUAUCAAGAAAUCUGAUAAGAAUAUAAUUUCUUGAUUUCUUGAUAUUACGCAAUGCAUAUAUUGCAUGUUAUUUAUGGUACUAGUUAGCGCCUCUUACGUUUCAGUGUUGAGCAUGUAUUAUUUUAAAGACACUUUAUCAAAAGAGAAAAGGAAUGUCUUAAUCUUGUGAAAAAAGAAGUGGUUAGAAUCGUACCGUGAUAUUUAAGCUUUAAAACAAACUAUUGCAAAUAAUAAUAAUAAUAAUAAUAAUAAUACUAAUAAUAAUAAUAAUGAUAAUAAUAAGCCACUUCUUCAUCGGUGCUACCUUUUCCUUUUUUCGGGUUGUUAUGCAACUCAUAUUUUUGUAGAUCAUUUCUGCAUUGAAACCUUCUUUCGUGAAUCUGUGGAAAAUGUGUCAUCACAUAUUUAACGCUACUUUCCAUUCUCCCAUUUUUCUAUUUUUAUGUCGCAUUCCUCUUGAGAUCUAAGACUGUCCUGUACAUAACGCUGCGAAUUCUUGAAUGUAUUGAUGUAUGUGUAGCCCAAGGUUUCUGUUAAAUAAAGUCUAUAAACUUC